AUGCCCCGAUUCCUCCAGCCUAAAAAGUCAACACAGCAUCGUGUAGCAGCAAUCGCUCUCUAUCGAGCCUUGCUGUCGCGAUGUUCUUCCGCUCCACUCCCAGAUGACAGCCGCGUCUCUUUGCGCAACGCUAUUCGCAAUAAAUUCCGGCGGAACAGAAAGAUACAGAGCCCUUAUCAGCUGGGUUUGAGCUUCAAAGCUGGCUAUGAGACGCUCGAUCAUCUCGAUGCCUCCACUACUGGAGACACAGCCAGCGCAAGCAUCCUGACGCAACUGGUUUCCCAACUACCCCGCGGACUGGUAUGCACCCCUCCAGCAAAGCCACUCCGAGAAGCGCCGCCAAAACCUCCCAAAGAACGGCUCGCGUGCCUUCCACCCGAGAAAGCUGUCCUCAAUGUUCGACCGUAUGCGAAAACCUCUGGGCCCCGCCGGGUUCCUGUACUCGCCUCUGCAAACGGCGUACCUUUCCUCCGCCUCACAAAGCCCCAGCCUCCAGCUUUAAGCCGCAUCCUCCACCAGCGACUAGAGCGCAAGAACGAACUCUUCGACACCAAGAUUCUUUUGGUGAAUUGGUGGUUGCCCAUCUGUCAGCAGGAGGAUGCGUGGGAUGUGCUCGUAAGUGAGCAGUUGAAGAAGCGCGAGGAUACGGUGAAAUGGACAGAUGCGAUUCGGCUUUCGGAGAGGGAGAACCAGGAAGCGUACGAGAAGGAUCUGAGAAGGGACAGAGAGCUUACUAGGAAGAUGCAGAGAAUUGUAGAUAUGGAGACUAAACUUGCACUCGAAGAGGGGCAGACAAUUAUGAGAGGACGGAGGAGGCAUCCUAUACGAGUUAUAAAGCCAGAUACAUGA